AUGCUAUCAAACCCUCACUUAAGCAACUAUAUCAGGUUUUUCUAGAUUAUCUCAGACAUGGAACAGGAAUGUCUGAUUACAUAGAAAGAGAAGCACCAAUUAAAAGUGAAUUUAACUCUCAAGGACAUGCAAUUGGUAAACAUGAUUGCUCUCAAUACAGGUAGUGAAGGAUUACAAUUAUUCAUAAGAUGCCGAUGACGAAGAGUUCAAAUACAGUAUAAUCAACAUUUUGAGGAAGCAAAACCAAUCUCCUCGUCAAAGGUAGGGGUAGAAGAUCAGAUGCAAAUCAACUGGAAUAGAAAUGAGUCCGAUACGUUUGAUUAGACGAAAUUCAGUUAGCAAAGAAGCCAAAGUAACUGAGGAACAAUUGAUCCAACAAAUAGAUGAUUUGAAUGACUCACUUGUAAUGAUUCUAUAGAAUGAAAACAAAAGCGUAAUUUUAGUCCUUUUAAUGGUUUCAUCUAGAUACUUACGCCGAUUGUAACUGAAAAAUUGAAGAGCAUCCUGGAAGUAAUACAAAAGACAACCAUCUCAUCACCUUCUACGACUACUACAAAAAUCUUGUAAGCUGAGGACACAGAGAAUUGUAAAAUCGUGGAUAAAUUUACUUCACUCUAUUCAGACAUGAAGGUAUUCAUCAUCAUCAUUCCAAAUAGAAACAUUACACUGAUUAUUUGAACUGUCAUCUCUUAUUAAUGGAUAAUAAUCUAUCCUAUGAGAAUCUAGUACAAAGUGUCAAAAAUUUCGUUAAAAAAUUAAUCGAUGCUGAUUAAAUCACUUAUUUACACAUAAGAGAAGAUCAAUCACAACAAACCUAUUACUCUGCUGAUGACUCAUACCUAAUUACAAACGACAAGUAGAUCUACAAUGAAACCUAAUUGAUUCAACCUAACAAAGUGCUCCUCCUAGAUGAGUGCAACUUCUACCCUGCUUUGAGUGAAUAAUUCAAGAUUAAACUGUACAAACGCAAUUAUUUGAUCAAAUUGAACAAUCAGGAUGUUUUCGUCUGUUUCCACAUUAGUGAUCAAACAUCCAUCAUCAGUGAGUUUCUUGCUUUGGCUGAUGAAUUCGAUAUCUUCGAGGAUCUCAAUUAAUUGUCCUCAUUCUUGAUUGAAACAAUCAAACAAGCCAAGGUCCAAGUAUUUAAUCCACUGCAACUCUCACACAUGAUCUAAGGAAUCGGCAUAGCGUUCAUCAGAAGUUCUAAGUACUUAUUCAUCAAGAAGUGUAUCCAUAUCUUGCAAUCCAAAUACUAGGUUGAGAUGUAAUUAUCGCCAUAUAUAAUAUGCUUAGUCACAUCAAUUCUGGAGAUGGCAUGUCAGUGAUCAGUAGUCCCAGUUUCUUUUAUGGCGCUUAGAAAUAAGUGGAUUUUGAUUUCAAAGAUGAAUUGAAUGUGUCAAUUACAAUAAAUGGCAUGGAUCUAAAUAAGAAGGCUGACCUUAUGAUUUAUAAGCAGCUGACUCAGAGUUUUAAUAAGUAUCUCAAAUUCAUACGACAAUGUUAUGAUCGAACAACCUUUUAUAAGUUCUUCGUGAAAUCAUAAGAGACUCUCAUUUUCGAAUUCGAUAAGUUAGGCAAAUUGAUAUUCUUGUCUCGUCCCAUCCCUUAAGAAAUAAAGAGGGAAUUCAACAUUGAUUUCGACCCCAAGAAAAACAAAGUGACCUAUUCCCAAUUGUUUUAAAAUGAGGAGUUGCUCAAAUACAUUGAAAAUUUCCUGCAAGAACACAACGUCCUCAGAGACAGCGAUCAACAGUAUCAAGUGUUCAUGAAAAUGGAAGAACGCAACUUCAAAGGAUUCUUUAUCAUCUUUUAGCAAGGUUGGCUCAAAUACGAUCAGAAGAAAUUCAAUCUCAAUGACCCUUCAUUGUAGAAGGAACUGCAGAAAUAAAUUAUCCAGCAAGAGACUAUGAGAUUCAUUGAUAAACUGGAAUAAAACAAUCCUUAGAUUUUGAAUUCGGUUGUCCAGAUGUUCAAGCCGAGAUCCACUCAAAGAUAAACUGUGCAUUACAGGAAUUCCAUUCUGUAAUUUGAGCCUGCAAAACUCGGAGUUCAACACAAAUGCUCAUUGCGAAUGGAGGAUUUAAAUACGUAAUGCACAGUUCCCAAUAUUGACAAUUUCAACUUCAACGUCUUGGCAGUGGAUGAAAUGGUGUAAAAGUAAUUGGCGGUGGUUGAAAUACUGAAGUAUCACAACCUAAUCAAAGAAUAUGAUAUACCUUUAGAUACACUCUGUCAAUUCCUAAGCGAAGUGGAGUAUAAGUAUAACAAGAAGAAGAAUGUAUUCCACAAUUAUGAUCACGGUGUCUCAGUGAUGCAGAAUGUUCAUGCUAUCCUCUUGUAGUUGCACUAGACGAGCAAUGCUGCUAUCUUAUCAACCUUCAAUCAGUUUGCCUUAUUGUUAUCUGGAUUGUGUCACGAUGUGUCUCACACAGGCAGAACAAACACCUUUGAAAUCAACAGUCUAUCUAAUUUGGCUAUAAGAUAUCAUGACAGGAGUGUUUUAGAAUAGCAUCACGCAGCUAAGUCGCUUAAGUUGCUUUGUGUGCCAGCUACAAAUAUAUUACAGAGUUUAAAAGGGGAAGAGUUCCGCAAAUUCAGGAGGAUGUUCAUUUCCAAUAUUUUGUAUACGGAUAUCACAGAGCACUUUAAUUUGAUUAAGAAUUUUGAGUCAAAAGUUUCAGAAUCCAAUUUCGGAUAGCAGGAUGAGGACAUCAAAUUGUUGAGUGGCAUGAUUAUUCACACAUCAGAUUUCACCGGAGGAGCCAAACAAUUCGAGUUGUCCAAGCAAUGGUCAUUUAAAGUCAACAAAGAAUUUGAAUAGCAGUAUGAAUUGGAAGGGAAGUUGGGUUAUCCGCAAUUACCUUACAUGAAGGAUUUGCACAAGGUAACUAUUCAUCAAUUAAAUGAUUUUAGUUGCCUGUGAUGGCUAAGUAAGAGGCUGGCUUUUUUAAGUUUAUAGUGAGACCGUUGUGGCAAUCGAUGUCCAAAUAUUUGGAUAAUCGACUAUAGGAGUAGGUUGAUUACCUUGAUGAGACAAUCUAGAAGUGGGAAUAAAUUGCUAAUUCUGAAUGA